AUGAUGGUGGAAUUUGUGGCUCCAAAGAUCGUGAAUGGUGAAAUCGAAAUUGUGAUUGAGGAAUCAUAUGUUGUUGAAGAACUGGAAUUCUUGGAACACUCGAUAAUUCUAUUUGCGUUGGGAGAAUCUCUAUUGAUGAAUGUCGUGAAGAAAUUCAUGGAGAAAACAUGGAAUUUUGUUUCGUUACCAGACCUCUAUUAUAAUGAUGAAGGGUAUCGUGAGAUUUAA